UCUCCCUUUUGCACUCAGUUUUUUUCCCCAUUUCAUUCCUUCUCCUCCUCUCAGUGCCAGCAGCGCAGGGAGGCAUCUGUAUGUGCAUCUGCAUCCCAAUCACAGGUAAAGCAGCUGCAUUGUUGAUUUUUGACAAGUCCAUAUAGUGUACGGGAUACGUGGAUCUUUUUUCCUUUUCUUUUUUUUUUCCUCUCGUGUGAUUUGCAUGUGUGGACAACACACAACUAUAAGCGUCUCUGAGAAGGCAUCCUAGGGGAAGGACAAGCAGAGGAUUCCAGCAGCCAAAUCAGGAUGACUCCAAAGAGCACAGGCUUUCAGCAACUAAAGAAAGGCGCCACUUAAAGAGGAUGGAAUCCAUGGAAUAUUUUUGAAACAUCGUGACCUCCUGUUUAUAAGCUUUGCCUUCACUUCUUUUAGUUUCACACAUUUUAUUCUGUUUUUUUUUUCUCUCCCCAGUCGAUUCCUCUGUGGCGGAAUGUUCUUCAAAAAUAGAUGGAAGAGGUCUCUAAGCUCUUGCUGCAGGAUUAACAGACAGUGCACUGAGACAGUACUGUGCUGAGCGGACAGCUUGGGGAAAUUUGAUCCAAAGCUGACUGGAGGACCAGGAACACAGAUGCAGUUACAGAAUUAUCCACCCUGUGAUACAACUGGAUGACAACACCCUUGCUCUAAUUUUACCCUCUAUCAGUGCUCGUCUCAAGGGUUUUCUUUUGACUUGAUUAAAAAAAAAACUAAUCGGAUUCUCAUUGGAAUUUCGAAGCUCAAAAAAAAAAAAAAGGAAUUGGAAGUGGAUUCUAACAAAUGAUCCAACGUUUGACUUUUCUUCGAAGAAAAGAGCACCAAAGGUUGGCCAUAUUUUGGAAGAGUGUUGGGAGGAACACUUGAAACAAAUUCGUGCCGAGGUUCAUUUGGUUAUGAAAGGAUGAUUUUGGAGCGUAGACAUGCUGACUCAGCCAUACUGGCUGCAGUAGGAAAUAUUUUUUCAUCUUUGAUGGAGUAAAGGGUGGGGAAGAAACAACAACCACUCAGUACGUUUCAUCUUCUCGAUUAGACAGCGCUGUUGCGUUUUUGGACUGUAAAUGAAAGACAGAUGCAUGUCUGGUAAAAGCUUCGGACUUUUAAUGCUGUGUUAACACAUUAGCUACAGAGACUUUUUUGUUUUUUUUUUCCACUUACCUGUCUUUUCCCUGUUUUUCUUCUCCGCAUCUUCGCAUUGAAUUUUCCUCGUUAUCCAUCUGUGAAAAUCCAGACUUUUUUUUGAUGUAGCUAGGACUAACUAUGGACUACGUGCCUAGUCGUCUACGCCACCUCUACAGUUUUCAACUAAUUGUCUGUGUUCAUGUCGCCAUGUCGAGUUUGUGUUUGCAUGCAUCUGAUUCGCCACCUUUUAUCCCCAUGGUUGGACUGAAUAUUUGUUGCACAAUCGCAUAAUUCUGUGUGAUCACGUGAACUGCUUUUGCCUUUUUUCCUGAUUGCUCCCCUUUUCUCAACAACUCCUUCAGAUAUUGUCAUCCUAAAACUUUAUUGUGAUGUUCUAUAAAUGCCACAUAGUACAGGGUUAACACCUUAGUGAACCAAAAGGAAGAGCAAGGAAGGAUGAGUGAGUGUUCAGGAGCAGCCGUAUCUGGAGUGGUGAUCCUGGAGGAACCCGAGGCUCCUGGAGCUACCGGCCGUAGAGAGGGACAGGCCCAGGCACAAGGUCCCCUUCGUUGUGCUGUUUGGCCACGCCAACAGACAUGGUUGUGUGUGGUCCCCUUACUUAUUGGAUUCAUUGGCCUCGGCUUGAGCCUGAUGCUGCUGAAAUGGAUUGUUGUCGGUACGGUCCGGGAUUAUGUGCCAACAGAUUUGGUGGAUGCUAAUAGAAUAGGCCAGGAUCCUAUUUUUCUCUCAAAGCCAAGUGGGAUUCCUAAAAGUGCUGAUACCAUAACAGUCACGACUUCUACUACUACUACUACUACUACCACCACGACUACAGUCACUCCAACCGAGGACCUUGGGAAUCCAACACCUAGAACUAUAACUGUUGCAAAAGGUAGAACUCGUUUCACUGCUACCACAACCACAACUAACCCAAGAGGGGGUGGAGCCUCUGGUAGCCAAGUAACCCAUUGGAAUCCUGUUAAUCGCAAUGGACGCGGACCAUCAAGUUUUACUACAACUGCAGUACCACGGACAACCUUAAUCAUAGGAGUGACAACAUCCAGCCCGUCUCCAGCUAACCCGACCCAUGACUCUACACUGAUGUGGACUCGGCACACCACUACCGACCGGGUCUCCACUACAAUCACCAGGCAUGAGCAUAGCCAUCGCAAAUCACCGUCUCCGACCGUCCCUCCACUGCACUCGGAGCACUUCAAACCUUGCCAUGAAAAGGACCUGACCUACUGCCUGAAUGGAGGGGAAUGCUUCGUGAUUGAGACACUCAGUGGGCCCCACAUGCACUGCAAGUGUCGAGAAGGCUACCAGGGAAUUCGCUGUGACCAGUUUCUGCCCAAGACCGACUCCGUCCUGUCUGAUCCAAAUCACACGGGCAUCGAGUUUAUGGAGAGCAAAGAGGUGAACAAGAGACAGGUGCUGUCAAUCACCUUCAUUGCCAUGACGAUCAGCCUCCUAGGAACACUCACGAUGGUCCUCUACUGCCGCAACAAGAGGCAGAGGGAGAAGCUCCAGGCCCAUCUGAAGGAAAGUCGCACUUUGAAAAACUACUCUGCUAACUCCCAUAAUCCGCUGGACACCAAGACGAGGGUCUCGAACACCAACCUGCAAAUGCAGGAGUACUACAAACGAUCCACACAGGCUCGCCAGGGAAAUAUGUGCAAGUCCCACUUGGAACACUGCAACAUCAUACCCACUGCCACACCAUCCAGCAGCUCCAGAGGCACGGCCAAACAGCCCAGGAGUGGGCCCAUGCUUCACCGCCCAGAUCAAAAAAACAAUCUCACCCACUGGUCUGUUUCACGCAGAAGCCCACCAAUCACUAAAGGAAGGCUGAACCCAAUUGGAGUAUCCAAAUAUUUAGGCCCAUCUUACCAACAUUUGCAGGAAGUGGAUCCAACUGAGAAGGAAUCUGAAGCACAAAGACGUGACCGAGCACAAGGAGAAAACCUGUGUGAGAAGGCCAGGAGAGAUGCCCUCCUACGCUUGAAAAAUUCCGUCUUGCAUGCAGAGGGUGGCUCGGGCCUGUGUGCUCCCUUGGAGCACAACGAUCUAAUUCACGCUUCCCGCAGUUUAAAAAGGCCCCAUCGUCAUGACAACCAAUCCCCGCCUCCACUGUUCCGCUCGUCUUCAAUCCCAAUCAUUCCCUCGGUGCAAUGUCAUCAUGACAGUGAGGUGUCAUGUAUGCAAACCUGCAUCACUUCACCCGUCACAGCAAAGUCUGGUGCCUGCAGAGCCACACCCUACAAGGAUAAAAGGAGAGUAAAAGCAGGGCACGCCAAUUUGUCAUCCGCUUCCUUCUCAUCCACCAAUGGCCUGCAGCAGGAUAAGGUCGCCCUGUUGUUGGAGGAGGCGCAGCAGCAGCUUUUGGCAUUGGCUGUGGCUCACAGGAAGCAUGAAGAUGGGGGAAUCAGCUACGGCGGACCAGCAGCCAGAGAGACUGUUUGCUUCCUUAACUUUAACGGAGCAAAUGCUGGGGCGCUGAGCUGGAAUGGACCGACGCAGACCCAGUUAGUCAGCCUCAGCCAAUCACACAGAGACCUGGGCAACGCUGGCCAAUGAGAGGGUCAGAUUAAGUACAUUUGAUUAUGGUUUGUUAGUGUAUAAAAGACAUUUGACAUAGUAUGUGGUGUUCUGCAUCUGUGGGACGCUAAUGGACCUAUCAGUUUAGAAAAAAGAAAAAGAAAAAAAAUAACAGAAAUUCUAAAAAAUGUACCGAUGAUGUGUAUAAUGUAUGGAUUCAACCACACAGAGACUUCUACAGUGACCACCUUUACAAUGACUGGCCGUACUGUAUGGGGAAAAAGAAUAAAGACACAUGCAUUUAUUUGCAAAACAAUACAAACGGUUCUACUUAGACAAAAACAAACCAAAUAGUCUGUCAAAUCCAUUGUGUUUUUAAUUGUAAAAAAAAGAAUAUAUAUAUAUAUAAAUAUAUAUGUAUACAUAUAUUAUGUGUAUAUAUAUAUAUACAUAUAUAUUAAUUUUGUGAAUAUAUAUAGAUAUAAAUAUAUGACAUUUAAUAAGUGACCAAGUACAAAGUUAAAACUGGAAUGAUGUUUUUGUUUUUUUCUUUCUCUCUCUCUCUCUCUCUCCCUCUCACUUUCAAUCUGUUUUUAUCCAUUUUGUAUGAACCUUCACUCUUUGGUUCUUACUCGAAGCCUAGCAUCUCGUCACAGAAAGAGCCACGGGUCAAAUUCUGCAAACCUUACGUGAAGCCUCUUGGCUACAAACUGUGAGGAGCCACCACGAUUGCUUCUCUGUUUUCUCUCGCCCUUUGAAACCGUGGUAUCUUACCAACAAUGACCACCACUCCACUCUCUGAGGACAAAAUCAUCAACACUUUGAUGGUCUAAGUUAAAAGAAACAUUAAAAAAAAAAAAAAAACAACUACCCGCCUGUGUGAGUAUGUGUCUGUG